AUGGCAAAAACUAGUGUUGUUGUUAUACAAUCUUGCUUCAUGAUAUUCAUCUUCACCCUGACUUUCGUGUCAGGCCUCCUCCCCAUCCUGCUUCCUUGGUUCAAGAACCAUAAGAUACUUCGUUGCAUCGCAAAUGCCUUCAGUGGUGGAGUUUUCCUCUCACUGGCUAUCAUGCAUAUGCUUCCUGAAACUUCUGAAAAAUAUGACGAAUGGAAGAGUGAAGAUGAACAUGAAGAUGAACACGAAGAUGAACAUGAGGAAGAAGAACAUGACCAUGACCACUCUUUCUCUCUUCCUUUUACUCUUGUAUUUGUAGGAUAUGCCUUCAUCCUUUUCAUCGACAAGGUAUUAUUCGAUACGCAUCACCUUCAUGGGGAAGGAUCCCAUCAUCAAGGAGUGUCAAAGCCCCAAGAUUCAUCUGCAGAAUCCAUGAAAAAGGAUUCUCCUGACAAUGUCUAUGACAGUAAUAUGCAUCCGGUCAAUGUUUCUGAAGAGCAAGAGGCUUCUGGAAGGAACCAAGUCUUCGCUCAGAAAAUUUGCGGUAUCUUAAAAGAAGAUUCUAAAAAUGCUGAAGCUGAAAAGUCGAUUGUAUCCAAACACGAUGACAAAGAAAUGCAAGAUGCUAAGCCAACUGAAGCCAAGAUCAACCAUCAAGAGCCUAGACCCACUGAUGCUAAGCUCAAUAAGAUGAACCUCUUCAGCCUUGCCGCUAUUACUCUAAUGAUUGGUCUUAGUGCUCAUUCAGUUUUUGAAGGAAUUGUUGUUGGACUUGAAGAAGAAACAAGAGAAGUCUGGUCAUUAGUUCUAGCCAUCUCAUCACAUAAGUGGGCAGCUGCUAUGUCAUUAGGCAUCAACCUUCACAACCAUCUUGGCAACCAGAAUGCUCUCAUCGCUGUGUUGCUAGCUAUCUUCUCCCUUUCUACUCCACUUGGAGUUGGAAUCGGCAUGAUAGUAUCUGGCGAGUCUGAUCUUACUGAAGUUAUUUUCAACGCCCUUGCUGCUGGUACCUUCAUCUACGUCGCCUGCUCCGAAAUCAUCAGCGAAGAAUUUGGGAAUCCCAAGUACAAGUGGUACAAGAUGGGAUUCUUCAUCGUCGGAGCUGGAUUCAUCCUUGGUAUCAAUCAGAUAGAUUUUUAACCAAUAGUUAUUUUGCCUGUCUUUCUUU